UGCUUCAUGUGGGUUAGUCCCCUGCCAUAGUGUACUUUCUGAUUGGCUAAGUGAAUAAAAGGCCAGGUGCCUCCUUUACUCUUUCACUCUUCCUUGUUUGCAGAGAGACUCACACAUCAGGAGAAACCUGACAGAGUACUACUUUGGCCAAGAUGUUUCUGUGCUGGUGGCUUUCACUGGUGGCUUUAAUCCCAAUGACCAUAAGCAUCAACCCUGGGGUAAAGGUCAAGCUAACAACAAAAGGCAUUGAAUACGGAAGACAACUGGCACUGGCUUCGAUCCAGCAGAAACUCAAAACCAUCAGAAUCGAUGAUAUGUCAGGGAAAGUGAAGGUGUCUCGCAUUGGCAAGGUCAAGUACAGCCUGACAAAUUUGAAAAUGGUGGAUGUUGGAUUGCCAGAGGCUACGCUCAAUAUGGUGCCAGGGACCGGUGUCAGACUGUCCAUUGGUAACGCUUUCUUCCGUUUGCAAGGAAACUGGCGAGUCAAGUACCUCAUAGUAAGUGACAGCGGCUCUUUCAAUCUGAACGUCAAUGGUAUCAGUAUCGGUACAAGUCUCUCCAUCAAGAGUGAUGAGGCAGGCCGGCCUGCGGGCAAUACUGUUGACUGUGCCGCAAAUGUUGGCAAGGUGAGCAUACAUUUCAAACGUGGAGCAAGCUGGCUGUACAAUCUGUAGCAAUAUGUCGAAAAUGCUAUACGAAAGGCAAUGCAGAAACAGAUCUGCCCCCUGGUGGCCAAUGCAGUAUCUGACUUGAACAACAAUUUGAAAACUCUCAAUGUUCUAGCCAAAGUGGACCAGUUUGCCGAGAUUGAAUAUUCCAUGGUGGCCUCGCCUGCAGUGUCAACAACCUCCAUAGACUUAAGCUUGAAGGGUGAGUUCUACAACAUCGGGAAGCACCAGGAGCCUCCGUUUACCCCCGCGGCCUUUUCCCUGCCGCCCCAGAUCAACAACAUGUUGUACAUCGGCUUGUCCUCCUUCACCGCCAACUCUGCGGCCUUUGUCUACAACUCAGCCGGAGCGUUCAGCCAGUACAUCACUGACGACAUGAUCCCAAAAGCCUCUCCCAUCCGACUCACCACCGGGACGUUUGGAGUUUUCAUCCCGCAGAUCGCCAAGCAGUUCCCAGGUCUGAUGAUGAAACUGCUGGUGAAGACGGUGAAAACUCCCAUCAUCACGUUUGAAACCAACAACGCGACGGUUCAGGCCUUUGCCACAGCGACGGCUUACGCGAUCCAACCCAACGCCACACUUUCCCCCCUCUUUGUCCUGAACCUGGACUCCAGCGUCAGCGCCCGAGUGUUCGUCAGCGGAACGAGGGUGGCUGGAGCCCUCACCCUAAACAAAAUGGAUCUGACCCUGGCCACGAGCUAUGUCGGAGACUUUCAGGUCAGAUCCCUCGACAGCAUCUUCCAAACGGUCCUCAAGUGGGUGGUAAUACCAACACUGAAUGUUGAUCUUGCAAAGGGAUACCCUCUUCCUACACUUGGAAAGAUGACGCUGGUGAACACUCAGCUGCAGGUCCUGAAGGACUACUUGAUGAUUGGGACCGAUGUUCAGUUCAAGGGUUGAGUGGCAUUUCUGGAAGCUUCCAUUUCUGCACCAUGAAGACACAAUCACAGUUCAACUUCAUGAACAAAUGAAUGAUGUAGAAAUAUUACCGUGCCUGACAAAUUCUGAUCUCCUGUUUGUCUUGGAUAUCAUCUCAGGUUUUCAUACUGCUUUUCUUUUUAAAAAUCAACCUCAUAUACAAUGUUUUCAGGGCACAGUCUGCUGGACGGGUUUGCAUCUUUUUGAAACACGCUCUUUUUAAAGCGCAUCGCAGCACUUUCUGCUGCCAAUUUAUGAAAAAUGUGAUCUGAUUUUGUGUCUCACAGAGCGAUGCAACUAAUGUGCUGAUGAAAAUCAAGCCACAGUAGUUUGUGUUAAACAAAGGUUAAAAUGGACCUCAUCCAAACCAGUUUCAGCUUCUUAAAGGGACGUGUCACACAUUGUUUUCUUUUACCUUUAAAGCCAUUUUUAAUCUAGUUUGUCUUGGUGUGAUUUACUGUUUAUCGGAGAUAUCGGACAAAGAAAGGUCUGCCUUUUUAAUUAAAUAUAAUGGAUCAAUAUAGCACUUAUUUUGUAUUGUUUAAAUCACCAAUAAAUACUUUUGAAAGACUCA